GCGUCUUUGAGACGCCGCUUGCUGCCGGGGAAACGGAGUUCUGACGGAGUACGGAAUUGUACCGGUGCACUAGAAACUCCCGCCAUUUCGACCAAGAAUUAACCUCUUGGUUGAUCGAUGAUACUUUUUUUAAUGAGGCUCGCUAAGGCUGUUUUCUGACUAGGAGAGAAAUCGUGAAGACACCCGAUUAAAUAAACGAUAGAAGGCCGGGUUUGUACAGACUUGGGGACUGACUGCACAGCGCGCCAGAUCUCCCGCUGAGCCGAGCUUCGUCUUUUGCCGCGAGUUUGAUUACGGUGUGGUUUUACACCCUUUCAUGUUCAUCGAAGGAUAGAAGUUAACUAACUAUAUCAAGAGAUCGCCCAACUACCCGUUUUUCAUCAAAGGCAACGUGUGUGACCACUUCAGUGACACUGCAACUGGAGGAGGAGAGAAGGAUGCGAUGAGGCGACUGGCGGCAAGAAGCGCACUGUUAUUGUUUUGCAACGACAUAGCCUUCCAUCCUGCUAGCUAGCCAGCUAGCUGCUACACGUUGGGAGCCGGGCCUGCCGGCUGUAACGUCAGCCCUACUAAGAUACAUCGGGACACUUGGAUACAUGCGAAGGACAUAAUAUUACACAUUAUUGUACAAUCUUUGAUAGAAGGUUUGAUUUUAGCAUUGGCAACCGUGUCAUCUGUACAUUUGAAAUGGCACCGCUUUUGGGCCGGAAACCUUAUCCGCUGGCUAAGCCGCUAGCCGAUCCAGCAGGCCCGGGAGAGGAGGUCUACAUCAUCGAGCACACCAAGGAGGCCUUCAGGAACAAAGAGGAGUAUGAGGCACGUGUACAGAGAUAUAGUGAGCGCGUCUGGACAUGCAAGAGCACUGGAAGUAACCAGCUGACACACAAAGAAGCAUGGGAGGAGGAACAAGAAGUUACAGAACUGCUUCAGGAAGAGUAUCCCCAGUGGUUUGAGAAGCCAGUCCUGGAGAUGGUCCAUCACAACACAGUGUCUUUAGACAAACUGGUUGAAAUGGCCUGGGUGGAAAUCCUUACCAAGUACGCUGUCGGUGAAGAGUGUGACUUCAUGGUGGGAAAGGACAAAAGUUUGCGAGUGAAGGUGAUGAAGAUUCACCCUCUAGAAAAUCCAGAGGGCGAGACCACGGAGAAAAAGCUUGAAGGUGCCUGCGACUCUCCAUCCAGUGACAAGGAAAAUGCAAGUCAGGAAAACCAGCGGAAGGAGCCUCCGCCCAGAGAGGAGGAGAACAGGAGGGAGAGUCUCAGUGACAGAGCUCGACGCUCCCCAAGGAAACUUCCCACUGCCACGAAAGAGGAAAAGAAGAGGUGGGCAAUGCCCAAAUUUCUUCCUCAUAAGUACGACGUGAAGCUCAUCAAUGAGGAUAAGGUGAUCAGUGAUGUUCCAGUAGACAGUCUUUUCAGAUCGGAGCGCCCUCCAACAAAGGAGAUCAUGCGUUACUUCAUCAGGCACUAUGCUCUGAGGCUAGGCAUGCAUGAAAGUGCUCCCUGGGUCGUUGAGGAUGAACUGGUCAAAAAGUUUAACCUCCCCAGUAAAUUCAGUGACUUUCUUCUUGAUCCACACAAGUUUUUAGCAGAAAAUCCAGGAAAGCGCAAGAGCUUAACAUCUCCAGAGGGUAAACCUAGAAAGAAGAACAAGUCCUCUGACACACCAGGAGAGGAUUCAGGAAACGAGAAGGGAGAGAAGAAAAGGAAAAAGAAAGACGCCUUAGGCAUGCCUCUUAGUCCCACCAUCUGGGGCCACAUGCAGAAAUUAAAAAUGAGCGGUUCUCCACUCAAGGUUAAGAACUCAGGAAGUCCUAAGAAGGGAGAAGGCAAAGGCUCUGCGCCCUCCACUCCGAAACCAGGCAGAAAGUCUGGGGACAAGAAAGAAGGAAAGACAACUGGAAAGAGAGGUGAUAAGAAGCUCGGUGUGCUCAAAGCCUCUAGAAAGGAUGGUAAAGAUGGUGCAAAGACACCAAAGAUGAAGCAGAUGACCCUGCUGCAUCUGGCUAAGAGCACCCCUGCUGGUAGCCCCAAGAAGAGAGCCCGAAGUACCAGUUUGGGUACACCUAAACUGGGGAAACCCUUGCACCCGAUGGCUCUUCAUCUCCUCCGCUACUAUAAGGAGAAUAAGGGAAGAGAAGACAAAAAAUGCACCCUUUCCUCUCUCAUCACCAAGGCUGCAAAGACGUUACCCUCAGAUGAUCGUGGUCGUCUUCCAGAGGAGCUCCGGGAGCUGGUGCAGAAACGCUGGGAGCUUCUGGAACACAAGAGACGUUUGGCAGCCAUGACCGAAGAGGAAAGGAAAGAAGAGAUAGAGAAGCGGCGCAAGGAGAUCAAAGAGAAACAUCUAGAGAAGGCCAAGGAGAGACGCGAGAAGCAGAUGCAGGUUCGUCUCGAACAAUUGCGUAGAUACGAAGACCAGGAGAUCGACGGUGGCAAGACCAUACCCACGUUCAAGCUUGUAGACAUGCCUGAGGGUUUGCCCAACACUCUGUUUGGCGAUGUGGCCAUGGUUGUGGACUUCCUUCACUGCUAUGCAGGUCUGCUGAUGCCAGAGGAUCAAUAUCCAAUUACUGCAGUGGCUCUGAUGGAAGCACUGGUUGGAGAACGGUCCGGAUUCCUCUACCUGAACCGUGUGCUGGUGGUGCUGCUCCAAACUCUGCUGCAGGAUGAGCUGGCAGAAGGCUACAGCGAGCUGGACAUGCCCUUAUCUGAGAUCCCUCUUACCAUGCACUCUGCGUCAGAGCUGGCCCGCUUGUGUCUGCGCCCGUUUGAUGCUCAUGAUGAGGAGAGUGGCCAGGGCUCAGAGGCCUCUGGGCCGAUAAGCAGUUUUGAUGAUGUGGUAACCAGUGAGUUCCUGGAAAAGCUUGAGACCGUCGAAGUGUUUGACCUGAGCUCCGAGGAGAAGGUCACACUGCUGGUGGCACUGUGCCACCGCAUCCUCAUGACCUAUUCAGUGGAAGAUCACGUUGACGCAAUGAAGCAGCGGUCGGCCGAGCUGUGGAAGGAGCGUGUGGCAAUGUUGAAAGAAGUCAACGAGCGCAAGAAGGCUGAGAAGAAGAAGCGAAAGGAGAUGGAAGGUGAAAAGAAAAAAGAGGGUGGUGUUAAGAAGGAGGUCAAAAAGGAAGUCAAGGUAGAGCCAGAGCCAGAACCCGAGCCAGAGCCAGAGGACAUGAUCAGCACAGUAAAGAGCCGGCGGCUGAUGUCCAUGCAAGCCAAGAAAGAGAAGGAAGAGAUGGACCGGCAGAAUAAAGAGCGUAUGGAAAAGGAGGCCGAAGAGGAGCGGAUGCGUAAACAGAGGGUUAAUGCAGAGAGAAACUUCCAAGAUGGAAUCACCAAAAUGAAACUAGUCAUGCGCCGGUCCCCACUGGGCACUGACAGAAAUCAUAACAGAUACUGGCUUUUCUCUGAUGUUGUCCCAGGUCUGUACAUUGAAAAAGGCUGGGUGCAUGAAGCCAUCGACUACAGCUUCACUCCUCCACCUGAAGAUAAACCUGAGCCUGGGGAGGAGGAAGAGGAGGAGGAAGAGGAGGAGGGGGGUGAUGUAGCCACAACUCCUCUCUCACAAGGUGUAAUUGCCUUGGUAAAAGGAGCUGAAAAGGAUGAUGGUAGCAUAGAUGGUGCUAUUGGUGACGGAGGCCAGCAGGGAGCAGCAGCAGACGUCUGUAUAGAAACCACUUUUCCCAAACAAGGACAGAAUCUGUGGUUCGUAUGUGACAACCCAGCUGAGUUGGACCAACUCGUAGAAAGUCUUCAUUCUCAGGGGGUCAGAGAAAGUGAACUGAAGAAAAGGAUACAGAACAGAUAUCAGGACAUCCUCCACUCCAUCCAUAUGACCCGUAAGGGCAAAUUGGCACUCAGAACCUGUGAUGGCCAGGAAGAGCUGCUCAAGUACCUGCGCAGUGAUAUCCAGGAGGUUGCCUCAAGGCUUCAGAAGGGAGGGCUGGGAUACUUGGACGACGAUGUCAACAUCGAAGAUCAGUUGAAAGACACUGAGAGCUUGAAAGACUUUGGUGAGUAUAUCAUCACUAUUCAGGCCUCCGUAAUCAAGAAGUUCCUGCAGGGAUUCAUGGCUCCAAAGCAGAAAAAGAAGAAAAAGCAAGGAGGGGAAGAAAGCAGCAAGACCGAGGAGGUUGAUGAUGAGAAGAAAUUGGCCGAGGAGGCAAGGGUAGCCACAGCCGUAGAGAAGUGGAAGACCUCGAUCAGAGAGGCGCAGACGUUUUCCCGCAUGCACGUGCUGCUGGGAAUGCUGGACGCUUGCAUAAAGUGGGACAUGUCUGCCGAGAAUGCUCGCUGCAAAGUCUGUCGCAGGAAAGGUGACGAUGAGAAGCUUAUACUCUGUGAUGAGUGUAACAAGGCCUUCCACCUGUUUUGUCUGCGGCCGGCCCUGUACCGCAUCCCUGAUGGAGAAUGGCUCUGUCCGGCCUGUCAGCCAACUGUGGCCAGACGUGGCUCUCGUUCAAGGAACUACAAACAAGAUACAGAUGAAGAAGAGGAUGAGGAGGAGUCUGAAGAGGAGGACUCAGAUGAAGAUGAUGAGGACGAGGAGGAGAAUGACUACAAAGCCAUGGGUCACAGCUUGAGACCGAGGAAGAAGAAUAAGCAGUCUUCGUCUCGGCAGAAAAGUUCUAAAAGUAAAACCAAGGCCCAGUCGUCGUCCUGUAAUCAGAGCAGUAAACAGAAGACUGGCCCCAACAGCCCUGCGGACAUUGAAGAACUGGUGCGACAGAGUUCCCAAACAGGAGUACGCAGACAAGCGCUGGAGUUGGAGAGGUGUGAGGAAAUCCUCAAGAAACUGAUGAAGUUUCGUUACAGUUGGCCUUUCAGGGAGCCCGUUUCCACAGAAGAAGCAGAGGAUUAUUUGGAUAUAAUCUCUCAGCCCAUGGAUUUCCAGACAAUGCUGGGGAAGUUCAGCCAGUAUCGUCACGCCCAAGACUUCCUGGAAGACGUGAAACUGGUCUUCCACAAUGCAGAGGAGUACAACCAGCAAGGCAGCACCGUGCUCUCCUGUAUGGUCAAGACAGAGCAGACCUUCACUGAGCUGCUCCAAAAGCUGCUGCCUGGCCUCAGCUACCUCCGCCGGCGUUCGCGCAAACGCAUCAGCCAAACUCCUGCGUCAUCAUCAGAGGAGGAGGACGAACAAGAAGAAGAAGAAGAGGAGGAGGAGGAGGAGGAGGAGGAGGAGGAGCCAAAGAAGAAGAUGCAGAACGGCAAGUCCACCACCAAGAAACCCACACAUGGUCGAGGACAGAGGGACGAAGAUAGUGAGAGUGAGGAGGAAGAUGAGGAGGAUGAAGGCAAGAGGAGAAGUAAGCGUACCUCUGCCACCUCAGGAAAGAAAGAUUACAGGGAGCAGGACAGCGAUGGCGAGCGGGACACACGGAGAACUCGUCAUCGGGGAAGCCGGGGCAAUGCUAAAGGUGCGACUAGUGACGAUGACCGGUCCAGCCAGCAGCGACAUUCCAAGCGACUAAAACGCUCAUGAAGUCCAGGGUGCUUCUUUUUUUCUUUUUUUUUUUUCUUAUUGCUUUAAAAAAUAAUCUGUCCCACUCCUCCUUUUAAACAUGAAAAAGAUAAAGACACCUCCUCCCAAACCUCUCAUCCUACCACAGGCAGCAAAACUCAAUUCUCAGAAGGACUUUUUUUGUGUCAUUGAAUUUUUUGUUUUUAUUUUGAGAGGAAAAAAAAAAAAGAGAGACAGUAAAACUGAUUUAUAUUUGUAAUGUUUAUUAUUGGUGAUGUUUUUGCUCAGCCAAGGUGGGGAUGUCCCUAUAGCUCUUAAAACUCUGAUUCAAUUUUAAAUUCCAACCUCUGUUCUCCCCCCACCUCUCAUA